UCCCGCCAACAUUCGCGUUUAACUUACCGCACGUGUGCAGAGACGGAAACCAGCCACGGAGAUUUCACAUGUUCUAGAAAAUUCAAAAUGGGCGACACAACUGCUGUGGAGAAGCUGCACCCGCCCACCAAGUGGGCCCAGAGGGCAGACACAAUCUUCAUCACAGUCUCAGUAGAGGACAUUGAGAAGGAGAAGCAGGAGCUGAAGGUUGACGACGACAGAUUCUUCUUCCACUGUAAAGGGGGCCACGAGCACCAUGUAUACGAGCUCGACAUUAAGUUUUACAAAGAGGUGGAAAGCAGUAGUUUAAGGUUAAAUCGAACGGACAGGGAGCUCACCUUUGCACUGAAGAAAAAAGAACCAGGCACCCCUUUUUGGCCAAGGCUGCACGAAACAUCAGUCAAGCAACACUGGCUGAAAGUAGAUUUCAGCAGAUGGAAAGACGAAGAUGAUUCCGACAUAGAAGAAGAUGGAAGUUUUGAAGAUAUGAUGAGAAAGAUGGGAGGUGGUGUGCCCCAAGAUGACCUAGAAGGUCUCAACGAUGAAGAAGACAGUGAUGAUGGAGAGUUGCCAGAUUUAGAGUAGAUUCCAGGACGAAAGUGAAAAACAAAGCAGUCAAGUGUCGAGACCAAGGGGAGCCCUCCAGCCAGUCUAAUCAACUCUGACCUGCCAUCAGCAGCUGCGACUGAUAUGAUCACCGUAUCGACCACACCUCUGUGGCAAUGUCUCAGGAGGGCUAAAAGUUCCGUUAACCCUUUGACUCUCCAGAUGCUUGGUAUCUGGGUCCCUCCCCCUUCCCGCUUUACAUGUAGGUGAAGUGUCCAUCGCAGUGGGUUUCUCAGCUCAAUGCCUGACUGUUUGGGUUUUGGAUUGAAGGAGUUCCUAAGGCCUUCUCCAAACUUCGGCUUUGCUUCAUUGUAUCUUUGGCUCUGCUUCCCCUUUUGUUCAGGAAGCAUUCAGGAGUAUUAUUAUAUAAAGUGAUUAAAGACACUAUAGACCUAGGCCCCUUGCCCACUCUCAUAUUUCUUAAAAUAAUUGAACUGAAGUUGGGUCCCCAUGUAACUGUUCUAGACGUGUUCAGCCGAAGCUGGAACAAAGCCAAGGUUUGGUAAACCUGUUAUUUCUGUGUUUUUGUACUUAUUCUACCGUUUAGGUUCAACAAAGUUUGAAAUGUCACAUUUUGACAUAAAAUAGCUCUGUCCUGUGAUGAAAACAGAAAAGUGAGAGGCACCAUUCGAAUUUAUGCUUUGAACAUUAAUGUACAAGAACUACAUUUACCAUAGCCUUGACAUCAAAUGGAUUAUACAAAGAUUAUGGGAUUUUCACACCUUGCAUAUACUUUGCUGAUUUCUAAUCAGUAAUCCCCAUAUCACAUUACUUGUUUUUUCCAUAACCAGUGCUUGUUUUAAAGGUCCAUUUAAUAGUAUGCAGGCGCUCCGUAGUGUGUUAAACUGUAACAGCCUUUAAGUACCACUGGCAUCACACAGAAUCCUGUAAUGAAAGUCCACAUUGAUAUUAAAUCAGAUUGAUUAUUCCUGGAAAGGGUUCCUUUUGUUCUGAGUAAGUGAAAUGAUCCAAAUUUACCCACCGUUGAAUAUUGUUGCCUUGAGCACAGUCAUUCGGUAAAAAAAUCGCACCAACAAAAUUUAUAGCCGUUGCAAGUUUAGUCAGUCUGCCCGUUGUAAGCUACAUGUAGUCCAACAAACUCUUACCAGGCAUUUCCCCUGGGUCACAUGUACAUUAUGAUUUUUUUUCUAACUUUUAUUUUUUUUCGUUCGUAAUCAUUAGAUACAUGCAUUGUAAAGAAAAUAACUGAAAACUGAUUCACGUAUGUUUUGAGUCGCCGUUGUAAGAACGUUUCCACACAACUACAGGUACUCAUGGGACAUUUGUGUUUUCAUCAAUUGCAUUUGUUAACAUUAGUGAACGAAGUCGGAAAUGGUACAGAAUAAUCUGGAGAACCCAUCACUGUAGAAGCUAUUUACACUCAUUCAAGUAUUCUAAAACAUGAAUCGUGCUCUCAUUUGGGCAAGAUGCAGCACUCUGUUGGUUGAGGAGGUACCUCGCGCAUGUAUCUCAUGAGCUUAAUAGCGCCAUACCAGCCUGACGGGGACCCUUAAAAAACUUGAAAAAGUUGGCCUGAAAACUAAAAUGAAAAGUCACAGAAAUAACACCUUAGGGUGUCUGCAAAAUCAUUUGAAAUUGGAGGGAUUGAGGACUGUUAGGGGUAAGAUGGCACAAUGGUUGUUUUUGAUGUGCUGCCUUUGAUUUAUCAUAGAGUAAUUGUAAUUUCACAGGCU